AUGUAUCGGGUCGGCCAGGCGAACCGCAGAGACGUCUCUCGGUUGAGCUUGCCGCAGACCGGUGGUCACAAGACACUGACUUGCCGUGGUCGCCUCGGUCAACACCAUUCCUCGGUUCUCUCGGCUUGGGAUCCGAAGUGGCAGCCAUCUGUGGCGCUGUGGCGAACCGCUAUGCCGUGUGACAUCCUUGCUCGCCAAAGGUCCGAAUGGAUAUAUCUACGACGCCUCGAGUAG